AUGCAAACCAAUAUUUCCAAACCCCAGGUGCUUGUGGAUCCAGCUCAUGAUCGAGCAGUCGGAGUUUCGUUCCGCCGAGCAGGUCGAGAUUAUGAUGUUCUCGCAUCCAAGGAAGUCAUUGUCUCCGCUGGUGUUGUGGAAAGCCCAAAGCUGCUCAUGCUUUCCGGGAUUGGACCUGCUGAUGAACUCAGGCGCUUAGGACUUAGCACGUGUUUGAAGGGUGCCACUGAGUCGAAACGGACGAAACUAUUCGAUGACGACGCUCAGUGGACUUCGUCCCCGUCGAACUUCGCGUUGACCUCGAAUUAUGCUCUGACCUCUUCGCAGAUUCACGUGUCGAAAGACUUGCCUGGUGUCGGCAAAAACAUGCGGUCUCACGUGGGUGCUGGUGGGAUCUACUUCACGACCUCGCAGCCGGUUGGAAUGAGUCUUUUCCGCGACCUGACGAUCCGGUCCUUGGCCAGCUACGCUUUCCGCGGUGGCGGACAAUUGAACAGCCCUGGUGGCUUGGAGGGAAUCGCUUUCAUCAGCAGCAACUACAGCACUGACCCAACUUGGCCAGAUGUCGAGAUACUGUUCGGCUCCACGCACAUCGCGUCCGAUGGAGGACUGGUUUAUCGUCGCCUGCUGAACCUCACGGAAGAAGUGUGGGAAACAUAUCGAGACCUGCGGUGGCGCGACGGCUUCAUGAUGCUGCCCUUCCCGACUCGACCAAAAAGCCGUGGCCAAAUCCGACUUCGCAGCGCAAAUCCUGAAGAAGACCCCGAAAUAAUUGGCAACUACUUCAAGCACCCUGAAGACAUGCAGAUUACUGUAGAUGCGAUCAAAUUUCUGAUGAAAAUCGCGGAGACCCCGGCGAUGAAGGAAGUCGGCGCUGAGUUGUACGCGCACACUUUGCCCGGCUGUGAGCAGCACACGCGAUUCUCCGACGCAUACUGGGAAUGUCACACACGUCACUUCACCUACCUGCACUGGCACGACAGUUCCACGUGCCAAAUGGGACCUGAAUAUAACCCGGAAACGGUCGUAGACUCGCGCCUGCGAGUCCACGGCAUCAAUAGUCUGCGAGUGGCCGACGCAUCGAUCAUGCCGGAAAUCGUUUCUGGAGACACUCAAGCUGCCUGCAUCAUGAUCGGGGAAAAAGCAGCCAGCAUGAUCAAGGAAGACCAUCAGCUCCUGACAGCAAGGUCAAGGCUGCUUCGAAUUUAA